UAUUUUCUUUGUUGUUCAGCUAAGGGUGUAGAAAGUAGCCUAUAGUAAGUCUGUAAGUGAAAGUACAGAAGGACUAACUUUGAUAGUGAAAGUCAGACAUCUCCUUGUCUACAUUCACUUGAGUCAAACUCUUGUAUAUAGUUGUAGUUUUGAAACUGUUAAUAUGUGGAGCAGUAAGUGUGUGAUAUUUUGAGUGAACAUAAUGGGGUAAAAUGGGGAAAGAUCUUUUCAAUAAACACAUCACAUAAAACAUCUUAAUACCCAUAUGGGCCAUCCAAGUGAAGCAUGUAGUAUUUAGCUUAAUAAAGACAUGUAUACUGUUUAAAGAUAUGCCUAUAUAGAUAUCUUCUAGACAUACGGUGACAAUGUAAUUCUGAACUGCCAUUAUACCAUAUAUCCCUGUAUUAGUAUUGAUGCUGUUUCAUGUUUUAUACAUUUCUUUAAGAACAAAAAAAAUGUAACUGUUAAAUGGAACACCUGAAGCUAUGACUCAAGGUGUGAAAUAAAUAUAUAUUAGUAAACUAUUGCUUUUGUCAGGCCUUCAGAAUUACAUAGUUGAUCAUUAUUUUUUAUCAACAAAAAUACUCGAUCUUGAAUAGAUCUGACAUAAAUAAAAAAACUCAUGUCACCGACACCAGAGAAGCCAAUAUAUCAAGGAACGUGCAAAAUCGCCUUCAAGGUGCAUGUUCAUGUAAUUCUUUGCACUUUUUGUCAAAUUCAGCAAAUGUCUCCUCAGGUUCCUCUAACUGUCUGUCCAGUGUGUGCCCUCAAAAAGUGUUUGUGCAAAGUCCUAGAUCUGUAAAUGGAAAACAAACAAAGUGGCUCAGAACUAGCCAUUCACUAUUCCAGCCAAUCAACAAGUUGCUUCAGGAACAUAGAGGAGAGGUCAAAUAUCAAGAACCUUUGCCAGAAUCGAAGACUCUAACUUUAAUUGUCCAUAUUCUGAGAAAAAAAUCAAUGGGAGUUCUAAAUGUGCCAUCUGUUGUCAUUAUUGGCUCUUUUUCUGCCCAAAACAUAGAGAAAAUCCAGCAGGCUGCCCCAAUUGUAGGCUAUUUACAGUAUACAGCAGAAGUGAAUACACCCCUGUGCAAUAUUCCCUUAAAUGUCAGAUGAUUCAAAAUUGUAUCAUCUUACAGUAAUUGCAUUACUUCUAAGUUGAACAGUUGGGUAUUUGCUCUCAUGUAAAAUUUAAAACUAACAGUUUAUAUUUGCUUUAUUAAAAAUACAGGCCAUACAGUAGGACCUCAAUGCAACAAAAGUCAGUACACCUUUCACUGCUGACAUAAUUUUUUUUAUUUUUUCAAUACUUUGUACCUUUUUAUUCUUGAUAACAGACCCAAUCCUCCUCAGCAUGGAGGAUACAAGUGCUGCACACAUCUCUGAAGAGAUGUUCUGCCAUUCGUCACACAAUUUUUUUCAGGUGCUCUUUACAGGAGGGCUGGUGUUGCCCUGCCUUUCUCUGUAAUAUACCCAAAGGUGUUCUAUUGGAUUCAAGUCAGGCGACGUACUUUUUCCAUGUUGUAGUUUUCACUUUUUUCUUCUUUAGAAACUUUUGUCUAAUUUUGGCAGUAUACUUUGGAUCGUUAUUAUACUGGAAUAUUACUCUUCUGCCAAGCUUCUUGAGACUGGGAGUCAUCUUGUCAGCCAGUAUUUUGGUAUAUCCACAGGCAUUCAUGGUGUAUAAAUAUCAUCUCACCAACACCUUUUGCACUCAUGCUGCCCCAUAUCAUCACACUCACACCUCCGUAGUUCACUGUCGGGACUAUGUAUUCCCUGUCGUAGUCCUGGCCAGGUCCAUGCCAAACAUGCUGGACCUAUCUCGCUGAACACAUUUAUCUGAUAAUGUCUUCCCAAAAUUCAUCAGGCUUUUUUCAUGUUCUUAAGUAAAGUUUAAUCUUGCAGUUUUGUGACAAAGAGUUGUUGGACUUGGGGUCCAGCAUGUUUGGCGUGAACCUGGCCAGGAGGACUACCACAGUGAAUGCAUAGUCCCAACAUAGUCCCAAAAAACUUCAAUAUAUUCCACACCAAAAAAUAUACCUGUUUUGAUCUUUGUCAAUCUCGCCGAUUCUCAUGCCAAGUCAGCCUUGAAAGCGGGCAACUCUGAUUUUAUUACAUUUAUAGAUGUAUGCAAAAGUGAGUUGAGUAAUAACGGGAAUAGGAGUUGGAAAAGCUGUGGGUGGACCAUGUAUAUAAUAAAUAUGUUUUACACACUCUUACGGAGAGGCUUUAUUUGUAUAUUGCUCUAGUCUCUAAGAAGCGAACACCUGAGUUAAUAUGAACAUUUUCAACCGACUCGCGGGCCUACUAGGUUUCCACAAGAGGGACAUGUCCAUUUACCCAGCUGCAAAACAAUUCUAUGGUAGGGUCAUGGGUGAAUAGGCGGGAUUUGUAUACUUCGAAAAGAAUCGACAGUCGCUCAACAUGUGACGUAAAGAACGUGGUGGCCAUAAUAAACCUUGCCGCACACGGCAGCGCUAAUAUAAGUGAUAUCAUAAAGCCAGUUCUAUAGACGUAAUUAUCAUUAGGUGUUCUAUUUGAAAUAGAAUCGUGAUUAGGUGUUGUGACCCUUUGGACACAUAUUGUUACUCCUGGAGUGGAUUGUAAAGUUGGAACAUUGAGCGGAACGAAAGAUCAGGGGGAUGGCAGGGGUGGCGGAGGCCAGUGUGGACUCAAAGGCAGAGCUCACUUCUCUGCUGGAGCAAUGGGAGAGAGACCAACAGGGGACCACACAAGACCUGGUGGCUAUCUUAACCAAGAUAUCUGAACUGGUGGAGAGAGAGACAGAGGAGUACCGUAAAGCCGACCCUGACCCCUUUGAUGAUCGGCACCCAGGACGAGCUGAUCCAGAGUGCAUGCUUGGACACCUGCUGAAGAUCCUCUUCAAGAAUGAUGACUUCAUGAAUGCUCUGGUGAACACGUAUGUGAUGAGCAGUAGGGAGAUUACCCUCAACACAGCCGCUUGUCGCCUCUUGCUGAACAUCAUGCCAGGGCUGGAAACUGCUGUCGUGUUUCAGGAGAAGGAGGGGAUUGUGGAGAAGCUGUUUAAGUGGGCUCAAGAGGCAGAGCAGCCCUUGAGGAUCUAUUCUGUGGGUCUACUAGCAGGAGCUAUGGAGAACCAGGACAUCGCUGCCAACUACCGUGAAGAAAACUCUGUAUUGGUGCCACUAAUGUUGCAGCGCUUGCGGGAGCUGCAAGAACGAGAGGUGGAGAGCAGGAGGGAGUUCAGGCGGCCAAGUCCUCGCAAGCCCCCCAGUUUGGAGCCUAUGUUGCCUCUGGAUGAGGAGACAGUGGACUGCAGCGCCUUCGAAGACAAGAAUGGCAUGGACAAGAGUGGGAUAGCGGAAGAGGGAGAGAGCGCAGGUACAAGAGGAGAUUGUUAUGGUUUAGAGCCCAACAAUGAGAUUUCUUUCAACCUUGGAUCGGCGCAGAAGUCCACCAGUCUCGCCAACUCGCUCAGGAAGAGUCUCUCCAAGAUGGAGAGCCCAGACAGCGAGUCCCCUGGAGCUGACGUAAGCGAUGGGCAAACCGAGGGAGGAAGGCAGGCGCAGAAGAAGACAGAGCGAGAGAACGGUCGCAAGGCUAAACAGAAGCUGAACUUCACCCUGUCCGAGCCAGAACGGAGCCUUAGUGAGCUGAGCAACAGCAGCUGGUCAGAGAUGAGCCCGUGGGUGAUUGGCCAGAACUACCACUUGGACCCUCUCACACCUGCUAUUGAACAGCGUCUCAUCCUGCAGUACCUGACCCCACUGGGGGAGUAUCAGGAGCUGUUGGCAGUAUUCAUGCAACUGGGAGCCAGACAGCUUCUCAUGCACUACAUGGAUCUCAAACAGACUAAUGACGUGCAGUUAACCUUUGAAGCCCUCAAGUAUCUGGCCUCCCUGCUGUUGCACAAGAAGUUUGCUGCUGAGUUUGUGGCUCAUGGUGGAGUGCAGAAGCUUCUGGAUAUUCCACGUCCCUCCAUGUCGGCCACCGGUGUUUCCUUGUGUCUGUAUUAUCUGGCUUAUAAUCAGGAUGCCAUGGAGAGGGUGUGUAUGCUUCCCCACUCCAUCCUCUCUGAGGUGGUGAAGUACACCUUAUGGCUUCUGGAAUGCUCCCAUGCCUCAGGCUGUUGCCAUGCAACCAUGUUCUUCUCCAUCUCUUUCUCCUUCCGGGCGGUUCUGGAAUUGUUUGACCAGCAGGAUGGACUGCGUCGUCUAGUCAAUCUGAUCAGUACACUGGAGAUCUUGAACCCAGAGGAUCAGGGUGCACUGCUUAGUGAUGAUGAGAUCUUCUCUAGCAGACAGACAGCCAAACACACCUGUAUGGCACUGCGCAGGUACUUUGAGGCUCACCUGGCCAUCAAGGUGGAGCAGGUCAAGCAGUCCCUGCAGCGCACAGAAGGGGGAGCUCCAAUCCACCCACAGCCGUAUUACAAGGCGUGCACAUAUACACAUGAGCAGGUGGUUGAGAUGAUGGAGUUCCUCUUUGAGUUUGGGCCUGUGCGUCUCUACUGGGAGGCAGCGGAGGUCUUCCACAAUAUGUCUUGUGUGCAGCUUCUGCUUCAGCUUAUCUCAAUAGCCUGUGACUGGAGGACAUACUAUGGCAGGAGUGAUACGGUGCGUUACGCGCUGGACAUACUGAGCAUCCUGACGGUGGUGCCAAAGACCCAGCUGCUGCUGGCUGAGCCGGUGGCCGUGCUGGAUGAGGGGGGCUCCACCAUCUCCACCGUGGGCAUGAGCAUUGUUCUGGUUGUGGCUGAGGGCGAGGUGUUUGUCAACGAUGCGGAGAUCCAGAAGUCGGCGCUGCAGGUGGUCAUCAACUGCGUGUGCGCGCCAGAUAAGCGAGUGUCCAGCAUCGGCAAGUUCAUGGGGGGCACCCCGCGCCGCCGCCUGCCCCAGAGCAACCGCGCCAGUGAGAGUGUGCUGGCCAAGAUGUGGAACGUGGUGCAGUCCAACAACGGCAUCAAGGUGCUGCUUUCGUUGCUCACCAUCAAGAUGCCCAUCACGGACGCCGACCAGAUCCGCGCUCUGGCCUGCAAGGCCCUGGUGGGACUGGCCCGCUCGGCCGCCGUCCGCCAGAUCAUCAGCAAGCUGCCGCUCUUCAGCAGCGGGCAGAUCCAGACGCUGAUGAAGGAGCCCGUGCUCCAGGACAAGCGCAGCGAGCACGUGCGCUUCUGCAAGUACUCCGCCGAGCUGAUCGAGCGUGUCUCGGGCAAGCUGCUGCUGAUGGGCACGGACGUGUCGCUGGCGCGGCUCCAGAGGGCCAGCGUGGUGGCGCAGUCGCGCAUCUCCUUCCCCGAGAAGGAGCUGCUGCUGCUCAUCCGCAACCACCUGGUGGCCAAGGGCCUGAACGACACGGCCACCACCCUCACGAAAGAGGCCGACCUGCCCAUGGCCCCGUUGGCACACAGCCACCCCUCCCACCCCGUGCCCUUCGCCGGGCCGGGCGUCUCCAUGACUGCACCGACCGCCCCGGCCGCCAUCCUCCCACGGACUCCAAGGCUGGUUAAUGGUGUGGCGGCGCGCUUUGGAAUCCACACCUCCACUUCGCCCAGCCUUCAUGCCCAACCUCGCCCCUCCAACUCACUGCUCCACAUCGCCCUUCCCUCCUCCUCCUCUUCCUCCUCCAGCGCAGCUGCCGUCAUCCCGCAGAGUUCCGCGCCUCAGACUGCCACUUACAGUAACGGCUCGCCUCUGAUUGGGCGGAUUUUGUUCACACGGGAACGUCCGUCUCCUUGCACGGACCGCCGCAAGCCACGCGUUCUGCGUCAGAAGUCUGAUCACGGGGCUUUCAGCCAGAGCCCUGCCAUGAAGAAGCAGCUAGACCGCCACCUGCCCUCGCCCCCCGCGCUGGACAGCAUCAUCACAGAGUAUCUGCGGGAGCAGCACGCCCGCUGCAAGAACCCUGUCACCACCUGCCCGCUCUUCAGCCUUUUCACCCCGCACCAGUGCCCUGAGCCCAAGCAGCGCCGCCAGGCCCCCGCCAACUUCGCCCCGCGCCUCACCCGCCGCACCGUCUACCCUAAGUACGGGGGCGUGGACGGCGGCUGCUUCGACCGGCACCUCAUCUUCAGCCGCUUCCGACCGAUCUCGGUGUUCCGCGAGGCGGACGAGGACGAGAGCGGCUUCAUGUGCUGUGCCUUCUCAGCGCGGGAGCGGUUCCUCAUGCUGGGCACGUGCACCGGCCAGCUCAAGCUGUACAACGUCUUCACCGGACAGGAGGAGGCCAGCUACAGCUGCCACAGCUCAGCCAUCACACACCUGGAACCCUCCCGGGAUGGCUCUCUGCUGCUCACCUCGGCCUCCUGGAGUUACCCCCUCUCAGCCCUCUGGGGCAUGAAAUCAGUCUUCAUCAUGAAGCAUUCCUUUUUAGACGAUCACUAUGUGGAGUUCAGUAAACUUUCUCAAGACAGGGUCAUCGGGACAAAAGAGCAUGUUGCUCAUAUAUAUGACAUCCAGACAGGCCUAAAAACGCUCACUCUGAAUAACCCUGACCUGGCGAACAACUACAAGAGGAACUGUGCCACCUUCAAUCCCACGGACGACUUGGUCUUGAAUGACGGUGUCUUGUGGGAUGUGCGCUCUGCUCAGGCCAUCCACAAGUUUGACAAGUUCAACAUGAACAUCAGUGGUGUCUUCCACCCCAAUGCCCAGGAGGUCAUCAUCAACACAGAGAUCUGGGAUCUACGGACAUUUCACUUACUUCACACAGUCCCAGCACUUGACCAGUGUAGGAUUGUGUUCAAUAACAAUGGAACAGUCAUUUAUGGAGCAAUGCGGCAGGCUGAUGAUGAUGAUGACAUGCUGGAGCAGCAGAUGAAGAGUCCCUUUGGCUCCUCCUUCCGUACAUUUGAUGCUACCGACUACAAACCCAUCGCCACUAUCGAUGUGAAGAGGAAUAUAUUUGAUCUGUGUACAGACACAAAAGACUGCUACCUGGCUGUAAUCGAGAACCAGGAUGCAAUUAACAUGGACACAGUGUGUCGGCUCUACGAAGUGGGGCGACAGCGCUUGGCAGAGGAAGAGGAGGAUGAGGACGAUCAGGACGAGGAAGAGCAGGAAGAGGAUGAUGACGAUGAUGACUCUGAUGAUGACCUGGAUGACAUCGACAUGGAUGACAUUGAAACAGACCCCAUCUUGGCAGAGCUGGAGAAUGACAACAAUGGAGAGGAAGAGGAUGGUGACAACGACUUCUCUCCAUCGGAUGAUGAAGAGGUGGCACGUUUGCUGGAAGAGGAGGGAGAUGAUGACGACGACGACGAUGACGACGACGAUGAUUCUGAUGAUAAUGAUGCAGAAUUGGUCCUGGACAACACAGACAGCUCCGACAACUCUGAUCUGGAGGACGACAUCAUUCUCUCACUGAACGAGUGAGGAAGAAGAAGACAUGGCGUGAGCUGCUGACAGGAGUUUGGAAGAGGGAGAGAGAGACGCCACUGCCCCACUGUUCCGGGGGAGCGAGGCCUCUCGGGGCGCUCCUGAUCUGCUCACUCUUCUGAUGCUGUAUCAGGAGAACACUUGAAAAAGACCAGCUUUGUUUGCUCAUUUUAUUUUGACUCCUUUGGUUUGAUUUUUGAUGGGUAAACUUGAGCGACUUCUCUGGGAGUCGUGUCUAUUCUGCUAGUGUACUAAAGUGUGGACUCGGCCUAUAGGCUGAGCAGGUGCUGGGCUGAACCGGUGUGUUGUCUGCACUUGUUUUCCAGUGUUACUUUUACUUUUACCCCCCCCCCCCCUUCUUUUCUUUAAUAAUUUCCCCUUUCUAAUUCUCAAAAUGCCACACUGAUGUAAAGCCCCUGGACCUUACUACUUGUGCAGAAUGUAUGUAUCUAAAGUAUUUUUCUAUAAAUGUAAUAAAACACA